GACUGCCGAUGCUGCCAACAACAAACUGCUUCCGCUUUCCUUCGCCCUCGCAUUUGCGCCAUCUUGUUGGUUCUUUUCCCGGCUCCCUUUGCGCAUUCUCGAGUUACUUGGACGCCAAUAAGUUGAGUAUCUUCUGCUCUUGCGACUGGUCUUGAGGUUGUCUCCAGAGGUACCUGCUCAAUAAGCGCGUACGGAUGGGUUUGGUAUUGCAACGAGCGCAAUCAAGUAAACACCACCUAUUCGACAGGAAAUUUCUCUUCAGCACAGCAGCGCAUCCAAGAUCUAAGACUAUCCGGUGAAGAUAGGAUUGAAAUGUCCCCUCUUCCGAGCGUCGUUUCUGCGCUUCUCCCCGCAACGCCCGUGCUCGUUGCUCGUCAAGCGACAACAACCAUCGUAACCAACUCGUCUCCCACAUGCUCAGGGCAAUAUUCCGGGGGGACCCUUGCAGGCGCCAUUCUUGGGACCUUUUUCGGGACAAUUCUGCUGAUUUAUCUCUUCAACUCAUUGAACAACAACAACCGGAGGGUGGGACGAGAAGAAGUGGUUGUGGAACGAAAGGUGCGCAGCAAUGGCAGUAGAAGAAGACGUAGGAGUCGAAGUGGCAGCCUGUCAAGCGUACGAAGGCCGAGCAGGGUCUACUCGACGGGUUGAAGUAGGCUGGAAAGGGCUAUUAUAUCACACCAUGGACACGAGAGUACGAAGCAAUUGUACAGAUACCCACCUAUUUCAAUCAGGUCUCAGCGUAGCGUUUGUUUAUGAAAUUAUGGCUUUGAGCAGGCUAUGUGCAAAGGGAUAUGAGUGGGUAGAUAGACGGGCUUCUGAGCGGACGGGAGGGGAACAUGUGAGCGGGAGCAUCGUGACAUUGAUGCGACCGCAACUGUAUCAGUAGCGAGGCAGGAAUGCGAGACGAUGGCAGGAAUAUGCCAUAUUCCAGCACCUGGAGAAUACAUGUCAACCACCAUCUUGUACGGGAUGGAACAAGCGGCUAUGGUCUCCGGAUGUGUCUCUUGAAUUGCUUUGUUUACGGUUGGAAUUACCUAGGCAUAUCUGAUAAUGAUGGG